UGAAUUUGAAUUACCCUCUUCAGCUACCAAGACCGACACAAUCUGCGUCAUUGGUAUUGUCAACGUCAAAGUUGUUGGCAGUAUUGAGAAUGGAGAACGUAUUUAUGCCUCAACGGAUCGUCCAGGGAAAGCGAUACCACAAUCACAUAUGCCUGUAGGUUCUUUCCUGCGUAAAAAGCAUGCACUGCUUGGUAUGGCUUUGGAAACCAAGAAAUCCAAGACACUUGACGAUGUUCAUUUAGUAAAAUGUUUUGUGUGCAUAGUACUUGAUGUAAGCAGAAAGGAACUGCUAGAAGAGAUCGAAGAUCUUUACCAAGUUAAUGAGGAAAGAACAGCGCAACAAAUUAAAAUCGCCAACAAAAAGACGUGGAGAAGUAAGUUUUUUUUGUUUUUUGUUUUUUUUUUACAAACUUAGUCAUAAAUGACGGGUAAACCCUACAGAGCCUAUUGUUCCAUUUACAGGGUUCCUAAAAACACAAUUUAGUUUUUGUUUAAUUUUGUUCUUGUUUCAAUUUAGUUCUUGUUUCGAUUACGUUCUUGUUCAUCAUGCACGCAGUUCAAUAGGAUUUAAUAUUAAGGACACGGAAUGUAUAUACGUUCAUGCUGCUGACUCACCUGACGAACACUCUUACUUGAAACGUCAGAAUGUAAUUAAUAAUCGUAUUCACUAUCAGUUAUCCUUCAUCUUUUUCAUGAAGGUUAAAUCGUCAAAGGAAAUUAGUUAAAGAAAAUUAAUUUUUUGACCGAAACAUGAAAUGUUCUAUGUUGGUAGAUUAGUUGCUUAGCAAUCUCGUUCCACGAGCAUGCCCGUUCGCAGGUUAAGGGUAGGCAUAGCUCUAGAGAAAUCGAAUUGAUUCACGUUGGACCCUAACGUGAGUUGUACACAUGCUCGGCAAUUGCUGCGAAAUAUAAACAAAGUAUUUAGAAUUUGUCGUUGAAAAUUUGAUAUUUUUACACUGAAAUUGAUUGAAAAAAACUAAAAAUUCUUGGGUAAUACAACUACCUGGAAAAUACAAGGGAACUUUGAUGUUUCGAGCGAAGUCCCUUCGAUUUGUACUACUAGUGUUUGUAUACAUCAUACUUGCGACCUUUACUAUUGGUAAAUAUAAUCUCCUCAAGAAUGAAAGAAUGAAAGAAUGUUGGCUAUGAAGUGUGGACCUAUAUUCUAUAAACAUAGGUAAUAGGUACACUAUAACUUGUGACAGGAAAGUAUAAAUUUAAAGCACAUAUUUUGUACAUGUAUAUGAGUGCAACGUCAAUAAUCUAAUGUCAAGGAAAUUUAAACCUUUGGAAUUCCCGUUUUAAACACAUCAACCGCAGGUCAACACUUCACAUUCUCUUAUUCUUGAGGGUAUUAUCCUUAUCAGUAAAGGUCAAGUAGGAUGUAUACAAACACUAUUAGUACAAGUCGAUGCGCCUUCGCUCGAAACGUCGAGGUUCUUGUAUUUUUUGUCGAAGUUCUCCUUGUAUUUUUCGGGUAGUUGUAUCCCUAUCAAUCCGAAGCUUUCGUACAUAUUUACCCCAGAAUUUUUAGUUGCUUUCAAUCGAUUUCAGUGUAAAAAGUAUCAAAUUUUUGACGCGAAAUUCUAAAUACUUUGUUUAUAUAUUGCAACAAUUGCCGAGCAUGCGUACAACUCACAUUCGAAGUCCAACGUGAAUCAUUUCGAUUUCUCCAUAGCUAUGGCCACCCUUAACCUACAAAUGGGCAUGCUCGGGGAACGAGAUUGGUUGCUUAUAUAUGGUGGAUUGUCAGGCUAGUUCAGCUAGGGGUUGGAAACGAAAUAAUGAACAAUAUUAUCACAUCGGUAAUUUUUUUGUUUCACUUUUUUGUGGGAAAUGUCGGAAUGACAUCGUCGAAUGACAGAAUGAUUCUCAAAAGUAUUAAAGAAUAAUGAAUACGUAAAAAACUUAAUGCAUAUUUACAAAAGUACGCAAUGAAUGAUCAACAAUUUGGCAAUGUUUUGACAGUUCCACGUUUGAACAUGUACCUGAUUAUUUCGUUAGUCAAUUGAUGAUUUGGUGAUUCAGUUGAUACUGUAGGUUAAGAACUUCAUAACUAUAGCUAGAGCAGUCGGUCAUUAACUUUGAGUACGAAUUAAUACAGUUAAUUAUCUAAGUUAAGUAUAUUAUCGUGAUUUACACUUUUGUUUCAGGGCUGAAAGGCUGCGCGCUGUCGACACUCAUUAUUAUUGGAGUUAUUAUAUUUAUCCUGUAUCAAUGGUUAGUUCCGGGAUCAAUGUUCCAAUAUUGGCUUUGUAGACAGGGAUCUAUCCCGGAUCAUCAUCUCUACUAUACGUAUGUUGAUACGAACAAUGGCAGGGUAGGUAAUAAAUGUUUAUUGAUAUAUAGCUAGAGUGAUCACCAAACGUGAUAGGCUGAAAUGUGGUCACGUGGUGUUACAUAUUUGUAUUAUAUUCCGCCAGGCAACAGGUCCAAAUUAGACCUUUCUGUUAAUUACCUCACGACUAACACUGUUUUCAAUGAAAGUGGUCUUAUACAAAAAUGUUUUCCUAAAAAAGGUCCAAAACAAAAAUCUAACUACACAGUGUUGUUGAAGGUGAAUCAUGAAAAUAUACUUUUUUAGUGAACUGUUUCCAUAGUAACCAAUAUAUGGCGUGAGAAUUAAUUAUAGAAGUCUAAAAUGUGAAGUCUAGGUGAGAAUUAAUGAUAGAAGUCUAAAAUAUUGCCUUAAUGCAUACUGAACAACUAUUAUCAGAAUUUAUCCUACCAAACACAAAAAAUAUUACCAGAAUUAUGGGACAAGAUGGCGACGGACAUGCGCACUUUGACCAAAUAUGGCGACCAAAUAUUACUAUAAACUAUAUGGGAGUUGAUCAAAAUAUCAAAUUUUAGUAUACUUUGUUUAAAUAUUUCAUUGGUGCGGAGCUCGAUUAUAGUAGCGAUACGAACAAGCAAUAUUUCUAAACAAAAUUCGCUAGUAUUGCAUCGCGUCUAGCAGGUUUCUGAGAAUGUUGUAUUUUUACACGCAAUUCGAUGAAUUUCAUAGUGUAAUUUAUAGUAAACUUGGGACACAAGAGGUAAAUAUCGGACGAAUAGACCAACAUCCAUUCGGACGAUGCGAAGUGCGGAGCUCGCGACAUAUUUAAUGAUGUCCAAAUUGUUAAUUCAGCUAAAUAAAUCCGCUGCAAUUGCCAGGGAAACUAGUUCCCGAAACGUGUAAAAGUUCGCCUUUUUACGGUUCUUGUAUGCCGCCAUUAAGCCAUCUUAAUAUCCAAAAACGACAAGUUUUAACACAAAUUUGAGCUGUUUCGAGCAGCCAUGUUUCUUGUUUAUUUUGAAGGACUAGAUCUCAGGCUCUCACGUAAAAACAUACUUAUUAGGUAUAUUUUAGGAUUUUUUAGGAUAUUUGCAAUAUUUUUAGUCUUGAUAAAAAUUUGCGGGGUUAAAGGUCAAAGUACAGGAAGUGAUCAGCAAAAACUGCAAAAUAUAGUUUAACUGAAUCACAGUUUUUGGUUGAAUAAUACUUGAACUGGAGAUUCAAAGUAAAAUGCGAAGUCGUAUGACUUAUAUUAGGCAAUGUUGGGCAUAUAAAACGGACUUAGCCGCUGACUACAAAAGCGGGAGCAAAAUGUCCCAUAUUUCUGGUAAUGAUGCGGAAACAUGCAUCACUGAAACAGUGAUAAUUACUUGAAAAUGCAGCAGAACUCAAUUAUUCUAGUUCAUUAUAUUCCCUGGAACAUGAUAUGUAACAGCAACUUUGAAAAUUUGAUCAGGAUACCUUUAAUAGCUUUUGAGAUAUCAUGCAUGAAAAUUGAGCAAUCGUGCCAUUUUUACAAAUUGAGAAAAACAGCUUUAAAGUUUACAGUUUAAGUUAUAUCAGCAGUGAAAGCUAAUACAAAGCAGUAAAUGACAGUUUUACUUUUUAAAACAAUCCUGCCUUAUAGGUGGUGCCUUCCUGCUAUCACUAUCAACAAAAUACCCUGUAUAUUGUAAUUUGUGUGUCCCUUCACUACAUUCAAAUAUUUGCUUCACUCCUUCGGUCUCCAUUGACGGUGCUGAAACUGUAUUGUUUACCUUGUAUUUUCUUAUAUGGUCAGCUUUGCGCAAUGCCUUUUUUCAACAUAUAUCUGUCUCUCUAUCAAUCCUUUGGCAGGCAUGACAUACCUUACACAAAAUCUCGACAUCAAGGCAUUUACCCGUUUCCAUUGAAAUGGUAGUAACUAGACCAUUUAAUGACGAAUAUCCCCGCCUUUGCCAAGUUCCGUAAAAGUAAACACCGCACUGGAGAACUUCGUCAUCACUGUUAUUCUCAUGGUGUAACUCCUUACGAGCAUUCCCCAUCACAUCAGUAGCCGCUACAGUCUUGGCUGCUUUCAACAACUAAGAUAUCAUUACAAGCUAAAUAAGCAGAAUUAGGUUUCGGUGAUGGGGGAAUAUUCAUUAGGGAACAGAAAUUAACGUCUCACAGAAGCUUCUCCUUGUCCAAUGACAAUCCGUUCUCAUUGUAUAAACAAGUCUUCUGUUUACAUAAAAAUUUUUUUUCACUUUUUUAUGUAAAAAGGUAUAUACCCAUGCAGCUUCAUUUAUCACAACACAGCCGAAGAUGCGAAGCACAACCUAUUCUUUCCCGACCAUCAUCUUUAAGACUAGAUCCACAUAACUUACAUGACACUUACUGGAAAAGUUCAUUCAGUGUUUCCAUAUCAAUGAAACGAUAAGCAGUUAUUUGAGGCUCUUCUUCUUUGGAAUUGCUACUGGUAGCAUCAAAGCUAAAAUACUGGCCAAUUUUUCUCGCUGAAGCAGACAGAUUAGCAACCGACUCACUAGAAACUCACUGGUUGCUCAAUACUGUCAACACAAGUUUACUCUGCAUCAAUUACAUGCCGAUUCCCAUGGAAUUUUCUCUUUCCCCUCCACAAUCCUUCCCUUACUAUUGUAAAAGACGAUUAAUUAGUCCAGAAAGAGAAGUAAAUUCGGCGAAAAACCACAAACACUGCGACCAAAAUUUAUUAAAAAAUUUCACUUUUUCGACACAAAUAUGGCUUUGAAAUUUGGUUUGAAAAAUAACGAAGACUGACCAGCGGUAGCAAAGCUAACAUGGGAAUACUUCAAUACAGUAUACCUGAAAGGGAGGGGUAAAACUGAUCUAAAUAUAAAUUAUUGAAACCCUAGAACGCUUUCAAAGAGGCAAACAUCUGGUUGCUAUGGGCGUUGCUAAGUGCAAAUUUAUCGAAUUUGCUAAAUUUUCAGGGUUUUUGUAGGUAUGUUGAACAAUAAAAUGAUACAAAUAUGAUUAGGAAGGGUUUAAAGUUUGUAUUUUUUCCAUUCUUGAAAAAGGCAAAUUUCACUGAAAACACUACUUUGCGUUGUGUAAGACCACCUUAUAUGGAAUGGAUUUCAAGUUUGUUUCUCAAGGGCUAUGGCCAAAGAAGCAGAAUAUCCUUCUUCAACACAUGCAUACAAAUAAUUUUGGAUUUUGACUAUUAAAUGUGCGAAUAAGCUUAAACAUGACAACGAGGCUGACGGGCCAGAGGUCCCUCAGCCUCGUUUUCGUGUUUUAUCUUGUUUGUAUAUUCAUUGGUCAAAAUCCAAAAUUCUUUUCUAUGCAUGUGUCGAAGAAGGAUGUUCUGCUCCUCUGACCAUAGCCCUUGAGAAACAAAUUUAAAAUCCAUUCUAUUUAAGGUGGUCCUAAUUUGAAAACAGUGUUAGUGGUUACGUAAUUACCGGAAAGCCAUAUUGUUGUCGGCUCUGACAGGCUGCUCUGAACACUCUCAGAAUUUAAAUUUAAUUUUGACUAUUUCUAAAUCUACUGGAUGUGAUAAAAUACCAUCUAAAAUUCUAAAAUAUUCUGCUUCUGCUAUUACACCAUUAUUAUUAUUAUUAUUAUUAUUAUUAUUAUUAUUAUUAUUAUUAUUAUUAUUAUUAUUAUUAUUAUUAUUAUUAUUAUUAUCUAUAUCCUUGAACUUUCUGUUGGCUAUGAGUCUAAUCUACAAACAAAUGUUGAUCGGAAAAGAAGAAGAUACGAAGAUCUCAUUACACAGCAAAAGAAACAAUUUAAAUCCGUAAAAUUUGUAAAUUUGUCAAUUAGUUCUUUAGGCGUUUUCUCAAAAGAAUGUCAUUCCUUUUUAGAUAUGUUAACUGAUCUAGGUCUUGAUAAAAGACACCAAUAUUUCGCUAUCAGGAAAAUUAUGUCUAUCGCGAUUAGGACAACAUAUUAUAUAUUUUGUUGCAGAGAUAAGGACUGGUUAAAUCCGGAAUUACUGAACAUUUAAGGAUACUCAUUAUUAAUAUAUAAAUAUUAAGUAGGUUCAAGUAGUCAAUUAUAAAUUACCUAAAUUAGUGAGAUUUAUAAUUGUAUAUAUACGUAUAUAAUUUUAAAUUAAUAAAGUUUCCAUUAUUAUUAUUAUUAUUAUUAUUAUUAUUAUUAUUAUUAUUAUUACAUUAAGUAAUAUUUAUCUAACCCAUAACAAAUUCGGUCUGAAUAUCCUCCCUGCAUCCGUCAAAUUUAUCCAAUGUCAAACUGUCCUGCGCAACGCCUUAAAAACAUCCCCAAAUGAUUCCAUAAAAGAACUCUGGAAAUCAACUAACAAUCACACUAAUAUUCAGUACGACAUAUAUAAUUUAACAAAGGAAGUUCUCAAGGAUUUUCAUUCUGGACAAGAAGAUAAGCUUCAACACCGUCUAAUUUGUCAAGGUUCAUUUUUCUCGAAUGUUGCAAAGUUUUCCUUUUCACAGUUAAACACACUUUGGUCUGCCGCUCAAUCAAAACUGCCAAAGAACAUUUUCAACUUCACCGUCCGUUACAUAAAUAACUCUCUUCCUACGCGAAAAAACCUUACAAGAUGGGGUUUAGCUUCAAGUCGCGAAUGUUACUUUUGUUUGUGUCCUGAAACCCUACUACACGUGGUAGCCGGCUGCCAAUCGUACCUUCAGCGCUUUACUUGGAGACAUGAUUCUAUUUUAAACUUUCUUGCUGAAACGUUUCAAACAACAAAUCCAUGUCAACUUUAUGCUGACCUAUCCGGACACAAAAGCCCGUCAAUUAUAACUGGUGACCUAUAUCGACCGGACUUACUCCUAAUUACCCCAAAUGAAGAUCUUUAUGUCCUUGAACUUACUGUCGGGUUUGAAUCUAAUCUACAUAAUAACGUUAAACGCAAAAAAGCAAAAUACAAAGAUCUAAUUGAAGAUCAAAGGGGUCACUUUAAUUCUGUUAAAUUUGUAAACCUAUCAAUGAGCUCUCUCGGUGUGUUUGACAAAGAAUGCUUCACCUUUUUAGAAAUGUUAGACACUAUAGGAAUGGAUAAAAAGCAGCAACAUUAUUGCAUAAAAAAGAUGACGUCUUAUGCCAUUAGAGCGACGUACUAUAUUUUUUGCUGUCGAAACAAAGAGUGGACAAACCCUGAAUUGUUAAACAUUUAAAUUAAUAACUACAUAUAACAAUAUAUAUAAUCAUAUACCCAUUUUAUUCUUGUUUUUACUGCAAAUAGUACAUAUGUAGUACUCUGUGAUUCAUGUAGCCAAUUGUAAAUUACCUAAGUCAGUAGUGAGAUUUACAAUUGUAUAUAUAUACGUAAAAAAUUCAAUAAAGUUUCCAUUAUUAUUAUUAUUAUUAUUAUUAUUAUUAUUAUUAUUUCAAUAACACACUUCCAACACGAAAGAACCUAUCAAAAUGGGGACUAUCAUCAACAUCCGAUUGCUCUUUCUGCUCCUCACCUGAAACGCUGCUCCAUGUGAUUGCUGGAUGUAAGACAUAUUUAGACGAAGGCCGGUUUACAUGGCGACACGAUUCUGUUUUAAAUUUCCUCGCAUCCACUCUUACUGCUGUGAAAAAUUCCACACUUUACGCGGACAUUCCUGGUUUUAUGAAUCCAUCUGUUAUCACGGGAGAUCGUUUACGACCUGACCUUCUGCUGGUGACUGAAAACAGAUGCCUAUACAUCCUCGAGCUUACAGUCGGUUAUGAAUCCAAUCUGCUAGUUAACGCCAAUCGUAAGCGUCAAAAGUACCGUGAUCUAAUCAAUGAGCAGGAAGCAGAUUAUGAUAAAGUCAAGUUCGUCAAUUUAUCCUUGAGUACCCUCGGAGUUUUUGGCCGAUCUUGUGAAAAUUUCGAUGGCAUGCUAAGUAGUCUUAAAUGUGAUGCCAAGUAUAGUAAAUACAUAAAAAAGCAAAUCGUGAACAUAUGCAUACGAACAUCAUAUUAUGUAUUUUGUAAACGAAACAAG